UGAAAAUUAAAAAUUUGUUUCACAUACACAAAUACAUGAAUACAAUCAAAUCGAUCAUAGAUAAUAGGUUUUUUACCCAUACAUAGUUUGUGAAUGUUAAAUGAGGUAAUGGGAAUUGAAGAAUGAAAAAAAAAUUUAUUUUUGGUAAUAAUGCAUGAUUGUCAACAGAGUGUGGAAAAUUACCAUUCUAGAUCGAAUCGUUUCUUGUUCACAUAAUAAAUUUGACAAAUAAAACAAAUAUAUAUAAAUAAUGAAUUUUUUUAUGAAAUGUUCGUAUUUUGAAUCAAUCAUUAAAUUUAUGAAAAUGUAUUUGAAAAUGUUGUUGAAAAAAUUUGAGGAAAUAUUUUAUGAACAUAUAUUCUGCUUAUUCUAUUAUAACCGUUUUAUAUUGAAAAAAUGGCCAAAUUUUUUCACUAUUAUUAAUAUUGAACAUCGACAAAAAAUUUUUGAUCAAAAAAUUAGUCGACCAUUCUUUCAAGUAAUCAUACCGGGCUUUGUGACAACAUUGUUUGCCGUUACAUUGUUCAUCUAUGUUUGUGAACCUGUUUGGUGUGAACAAUAUUCCUUUUGGUUGGUGAAUAAUUUUCCGCAUGAAAAUGGCAAAACAUAUUCAUUGAUUGUUGCUAUAACAUGGUCAUCAAUACAUUUCUUGCAAAUGUUUUAUGGAUUUCGUAAUCAAUUAAAAUAUUUUCGUUUUCUUAUUAUAUUGAAUCCGAAUCAAUUGGUCCGACAACAAAGUCAUCAUCAUCAAUUAAAUGAAACGGGACUUAAUGAAAAGGAUCGAAAUCAAUUACAAUUGUUUGAGAGAAGAAUUUUCAUUUGUUUGAAAAUAAUAAGCCAUGUUAUAUCGAUCGGUGCUUAUGUAGCGAUGACCAUACAGGUUUUCCGUAAAUCGUUGUGGGAAGUAUCAUUUUUUUGGUUAAUCUUCUGGAUGGCCAAUUAUAUAUUUUGGCCAUAUUACAUAUGUUCAGCGUUGUACAUGUUUCCAGCCAUUAUUCUAUCAGUCCAUUAUUAUAUUGGUUUAAAACAAAGAUCAUUGCUAAGUCAACUGAUAAUUCGACCUAGAAAACAAUACGGAAAAUUGGGGCUAAAAUUGGCUAAUAAUUUAAUUAAAUUAACUCACGUGCAAUCGAAUAUAAUCAAAGAAAUCGUCGAAAUGAAUGAUCAAUCGAAACGUUUGUUGACCAUAUUAUUCGUAGGAUUUAGCAAUUUAAUCACUUAUAUAACAUAUUUGAUAUUUUUCGCUAAAUUAUCCAUCGUAUAUCGGAUUUUAUUCAUCAUUGUUUAUUGUGGUCAUUCAAGCACAUUAUUAUCAAUGAUUUAUAGCUGUUCUAAAAUUGCCUCAAGAAAUGAGCGAUUUUAUCGAUACAAUCGAAAAUAUCUCUUCGAUUUCUAUGCAAAAAAUUUGUUGAUUAUGAAAAAUUUUUUCAAGUAUGAUUCGAUCAAUGAGAUAUCUCUACGGCUUCCGGUCGGUUUUACUUUGGUUAAUAAUAUGCUGAUCACAAGUAAUACAUUCAUUGUGGUUUUUUAUAACAUGAGUACACUUUUUUUCCUAUUAAUGAGUGGCAAAAUUGUCAACGAUGGUCAAUAAAAAAGAAAGAAAUGUCUCUCAUUUUGAUGUAGCUAACAAUAUAAGUUUAUCAAUCAAUGAAAAUAAAGUGUUUAUCGAUUAAAAAAAAGUUUAGUCAAACUUUGUACCAUUCUUAAUUGCUAACUAUACUCAAAUAGUUUCUGAAGAAUCAUCAUUUUCUUUAUUAGUUAAAAACUUGAUUUAAUCAAAUUUAAAUUUCUAAGAAUUUCCAUUCAAUUAACCAUAAUCAAAGACAUGAAUGUU